AUGGUCACCACAAUAUCAGUCUUCGUGACAAAGUGCCUGAAGCAGCUGAAUCAACUUGCUCAGUCAGAAGGACUAAAUCAGCAUAAGUCCGAAGUUUCACCAGGGCUAUGGGCGGAUGAGCUCGGGCGACUACGUGUCUGGGCUGCCAACAUUGGUGCUCAUCAAACAGGGCAAUCCUCUCUAGAUUUUAGACUUCGAGAUUCAUCAAGCGCUCGAAGAACACUGAUGCGGGUUCUAGAACGACUCCAAAGAGCUAUUGAAGACCUUCAAGAUAUCCUGGACGGUUCCAAGGUCACUGAAGAGGACUCUAUAUUGGACUUCUCAGAUUCGGAGGCAGAUUGUGAACAACCAGAGGUCCAAUCAACUUAUUAUGAUCUGCGUGACACUAUCAGCAGUUUAUUCCAAGUGUCGAUGGUGAUAAGGCGACCGGCGCAAUAUGAUCGCCUCGUUGGAACCAAAAGGUCCGACGCGGUCAUGUUUGAGCCCUUUGAUCGUGACCAUGUUUUCAAUAAAUUUCCAUCUGCAGACGCGACAAUAUUGAGACGCCUAGGACUGGCGAUUUCUGAGCGCCGCGCUAUUUUCCGAUAUCGCAAACGCCACCGCAUGAAGCUCGCGCAGGGCAAUGAUCGUGUCUUCAAUGAUCUGCCUGAUACGAUGUCGAAUUUAAUGUCGGAAACUGUCGCGACUGAAUUCUUGGAGUCACCCGAGCGUGAGACAUCUGAAUAUGAAACUCGGUCAAUAAGAUCUCAGACAUCCUAUGCGCAGUCCAUGGUUCAAGGAAAUCACGGAAUAGGGGUGCCAGCUCCACCAGAAGGAUCUGAUAAUGGGGCUCCGUUCGAAUGUCCUUAUUGCUUUGUUGUAAUAUCUACAUCGACUAGCUUUGAUUGGUAUCGCCAUAUCUUCAACGAUCUCAUGCCUUAUGUUUGCAUAGCCCCAAUUUGCCUGCCACCGCAUCGUCUUUACCGUAGCCGUCGAGAAUGGUUCGAGCACUUACAAUACCAGCACUCAAUGACGGCUGAAACCAGUGCGGAGGUCAGUUGCCCUCUCUGUCAAUCUCCAAGCCCUCCUAGAAGGUCGCUGGAAAAGCAUCUUGGGCGGCAUCUGGAAGAACUAGCGCUUUUUGCUUUGCCACGAUCCGAUCAGGAUAAGGACGAGGAAGAGUUUGACUCCCUCUCUUCUUCACCUCCACUCCUGGAAAUGCCGAGUCCAAGUGCAUUUGCCUCUGAAGACGGGCAUAUUAGUAUGGAGAGGCUAACAGAAGCGAUUCGAUCUAUAUCGAAGGAUCUUCCAAAUAUGGUUGCAAAUGGACUUGACGACGUGCUUCGAGAGCCAUUUCGUUUUGUAUCUGGAAACAGCGAAAGUCCCCAGAGCUCGAGAUCUUCUGCAUUUGCAGACGCGGGUCCAAGUACAAAGCUCAUGCCCGAAGGAGGCCAAAAUACGGCGGAGGUCAUGCAACAGUUCGAGCCUUGCAUAUCAGAUCUCUCGACCCCGGCGUCUGAAUACACCCACAAGGACCGACCACUCGAUGUGGAUCGACAACUGACAGUCAAUUCAACUAUGUCAUAUUCAGCAAAUAAUUCCAUGGAGGAUUGGAUCACCUUCAAAUAUACCCGUGAUGGAAUGAACAUGGAGUAUGAGAUCCGCACGGAUAUAGAAACAAUCAACCUUGACAUUCUGAGCUCAGACUUCAAAGAGAAAAAUUAUGUUUACCCUCCCGCCAGUGCUGCCAUUAUGAACCCAGAAAAACAACAGGCUCGCGAGGCUCGCGACGUGGGAAGCGAGACCUUCUGCGGCGUGCUGUGGAUGAGUGGCGAUAUUUGA